AUGUCCAGCAAUAAGGACUCCAGCAGCCAGGCAUCUGUCGGUCGCCAAUACUCGAGGAUUCUUAACAGUACGUCAACCACGAAUAUGCCCCGCGAUGACAAUGAGUCUAGUCUUACUGAUCUCUCUGAUGAAGAACUGAAGAAGUCACACCCUCGCAAGUCUCUGGCUGAUAGCAUCAUGGAGGUUGCCCUGAACAAGGACAAUGCGGACAUUUCCAGCAAUCAAGCCUCUAGCAACCGGGCUAUUCAUCAUUUCGAUCGCCAAUCCUCGAAGAUCCGUAACGGUACGCCAACCACAGAUAUGUCCUGUGAUGAUACUAAGUCUAUUCUUACUGAUCUAUCUGAUAAAGAAGCAAAGAAGCCACACCACCGCAAAUCUCUGAAUGAUAGCAUCACAAAUAAUGGCCGGAAAAAGUACGAUAUGGACAUAACCAGCAAUCAAGCCUCUAGCACUCGGGCUUUGGCCAACUCUUUUGAUGGCCAAUACUGGAAGGUCUAUAACGUAGUCAAGGCGUCACGCGAUCGCAAAUCUCUGGCUAAUAGCAUCACGGUUGAUACCUCGAACAAGGACAAUGUGGACAUGCCCAAAAUACUCAAAAAGGAAACCGGCCAGAAUCCUCAAGUUUCGAUACCCGUCAAAUCCAAGUCUACUCCUCAUUCACCUCACACGGGCAGUCCAGAUGUUCCAACUUUGACCACUUUAGAUCCCGGUAGUGGUAUCGAAUGGAUCUCGUCACGCAAGAGGAAGAGGACAUCAGAUCCCGAAGUCGAUGAACAACAUUCCAUCUGA